GAGUCUUGAUUCAGAUGUUCGAGCGGUGAGCGGAUCGAGAGCAGCGCCAGCGCCGUCUUUAACCCUAAACAUCCACAGCUUUUCCUCCAGAGAUACUCCGGGAGAAACAUGGAGAGGAAAAGGUGGGAGUGCUCGGCUCUCCCAAAUGGUUGGAAAAGGGAAGAAGUGACCAGAAAGUCGGGCUUGUCCGCGGGGAAAAGUGAUGUCUAUUAUUUUAGUCCAACAGGGAAGAAGUUUCGGAGUAAACCACAGCUGGCCCGGUAUCUGGGGAACUCCAUGGAUCUCAGCUCCUUUGAUUUCCGCACGGGGAAGAUGAUUAUGAGCAAGCUGAAUAAGAACAGACAGCGGCUUCGGCACGAUCCCAGUCAGAGCAAGGGUAAACCGGAUCUGAACACGUCACUGCCGGUCCGACAGACGGCGUCUAUCUUCAAACAGCCCGUCACUAAGGUCACGAAUCAUCCUAGCAACAAGGUUAAGACGGACACUCAGAAAGCUGUCGAGCAGCCCAGACAGCUGUUCUGGGAGAAGAAGCUGAGUGGACUCAACACGUAUGAUAUCGCCGAGGAGCUGGUGAAGACCAUGGAUCUUCCUAAAGGAGUGCAAGGUGUGGGUCCGGGAUACACGGAUAAGACGCUGCUCUCGGCUCUAGCGAGCGCCCUGCACACCAGCUCGGCUCCCAUCACCGGUCAGCUGUCGUCCGCGGUGGAGAAGAACCCCGGGGUCUGGCUCAACACCACACAGCCUCUGUGCAAAGCCUUCAUGGUGACGGACGAAGACAUCAGGAAGCAGGAGGAUCUGGUGUACAGCGUGAGGAAGAGGCUGGAGGAAGCGCUCAUGGCAGACAUGCUCGCACACAUCGAGGAAGUCUCCACUGAGUCCAGAUCUCUGAAGGAAGAGUCCAGCGACGAGGAAACUGAGUCCGUUUAGCUGAAUGAGAUCGAUCUGGACCACGGUUUUCUUCCUCUUCAAACCCAAAGACUUGAGCUGAUCUCUAUGCAGAAACUCUCCUGCUGUGAAUCUUUGUUUUACUCUAACAUUUUAUAAAACUAAACUCACUGUUUUCCUGGCUUUUCUGUAUUUGUGUACAGUGCCUUUAAUGUUUGGCUCCAUCAUGUCCGUGAGGUUUGGGUUUGUCCACAAGUCCAGGUUGUUUUCUUUUAUUCAGGCAUCGUAAGUUAAGUUUUGCACUUGUCUUUUUUUUUUAUAUAUAUAUAUAUAUAUUUACAAACGAAAACCAUGUUUUUAUGAACGAUUAUGGAAAUAAUCUACUAUUAGUACAUAUUGGUUUGCAAUGGCUGGUACAAACAAGGUGCUCGAUUCUUCCUGGUUGCUUUCUAUUUUAGCUUUUGUUACAGUGCUAUUUGAUAUAAUAUGUGUCUCUGGAUUACAAAAGCAGUCUUGAGUCUCUGGGAUAUAUUUGUAGUAAUAGCCAGGUAUACAUUGUAUGGGUCACAAUUAAUAAUUUUUCUUUUAUGCCAAAAAUCAUUAGGAUAUUAAGUAAAAAUCAUGUUCCAUGAGGAUAUUUAGUAAAUCUCCUACUGUAAAUAUCAAAACUUAAUGUUUGAUUAGUAAUAUGCAUUGCUAAGAGCUUAAUUUGAACAACUUUAAAGAUGAAUUUCUCAAUAUUUCGAUUUUUUUGCUCCCUCAGAUUCCAGAUUUUCAAAUAGUUGUAUCUCAAACAAAUAUUGUCCUCCGAACAAACCACACAUCACUGGAGAGAUGAUUUAUUCAUAUUUCAGAGGAUGCAUAUAUAUCAAUUUUGACACUUAAGACUUCAGGUUUUGUGCUCCAGGGUCACAUAUAAGCUCUUACAUUGGUGCUUUUAGGUUUUUGUAUUCGUGAAUCUAUCCAUGCAUGGCUGAUAUCAGUGAAUAUUGGAAGAAAUGGACAGUUUUCCAAUAUUUGUGGAGUUAUAUUUCAAUGACAUGAGAUUGGAUCAAGCUGUUUGUGUUGCUGUUUGAAGUUGGUACAUGUGUCAUUAUUCACUGAUGCAUCAUGGGAUAUUAUUAUGGACUGAACACUUACAGCACAGAAAUCUGCAGGAUAUGCAUCUGUUCAUCCAGUGUUUGUUCGGUCAGUAGAUGGCUUGUUUUUCAUUUACACUAAUUCUUCAUAUACCCAGGAUUGAAUUUAAUAUAUGACUGACUCAUACUGACUUUAUUUUGUUUUCCCGUCACGAAUGAUUGCACUGUGCAGUCGUAUUUGAGAAAAGCAGGAGAGGUGUUUGUGUGUUGCCCUUUAUUUGCAAGAAAUCUUAGAUAUUUUUGAGUAUACAAACCUUGUAGCGGAGAGACACAUUAUUUUGUAAACUUGGAAAAUAAAAGACUUUCAACAAAUGUCAA